GAACCUUUCUCACAACCCCAUCAAGAAAAUACAAAUAGACCAGUUUGAUUUUCUAAUUAAACUCAAAUCCCUCAGCUUGGAGGGCAUUGAAAUUGCAAACAUCCAGAGGAGAAUGUUCAGACCCCUUAGAAAUCUUUCCCACAUAUAUUUUAAGAAAUUCCAGUACUGUGGAUAUGCCCCUCAUGUGCGCAGCUGUAAGCCCAAUACUGAUGGGAUUUCAUCGCUUGAGAAUCUUUUAGCUAGCAUCAUACAGAGAGUGUUUGUCUGGGUUGUAUCUGCCAUCACCUGCUUUGGAAAUAUUUUUGUCAUCUGUAUGAGGCCUUACAUCAGAUCAGAGAAUAAGCUCCACGCCAUCUCAAUAAUGUCUCUCUGCUGUGCUGACUGUCUGAUGGGAAUAUAUUUAUUUGUGAUUGGAGCGUUUGAUCUUAAAUAUCGCGGAGAAUACAACAAGCACGCUCAGUUGUGGAUGGACAGUAUCCAUUGCCAACUGGUGGGAUCGCUGGCUAUUCUGUCUACAGAGGUGUCAGUCUUACUGUUGACUUACCUGACUCUGGAAAAAUACAUCUGCAUAGUUUAUCCUUUUAGGUGUUUGAAGCCCAGAAAACGCAGGACUAUUUCCAUUUUGGUUCUUAUCUGGAUAAUUGGGUUUGCUGUUGCUUUUAUCCCACUGAGCAACAAGGAGUUUUUCAGGAACUACUACGGCACCAAUGGCGUCUGUUUUCCCCUUCACUCAGAACAAUCAGAAAGUUCAGGAAGUCAGAUUUAUUCUGUUGUCAUUUUUCUAGGUGUAAACUUGGCAGCUUUUAUCAUCAUUGUGUUUUCCUACGGGAGUAUGUUCUACAGUGUUCACCAAACAGCUAUUACGGCUACUGAAAUUCGGAAUCAUAUUAAAAAAGAGAUGAUCCUUGCUAAACGUUUUUUCUUCAUUGUGUUUACUGAUGCACUAUGUUGGAUACCCAUUUUUAUUUUGAAACUCCUUUCUUUACUUCAAGUAGAAAUACCAGGUACCAUAACUUCCUGGGUGGUGAUUUUUAUACUGCCAAUAAACAGUGCUCUGAAUCCUCUUCUCUACACUUUGACUACACGACCUUUCAAAGAAAUGAUUCAUCAGGUUUGGUAUAACUACAGACAGAGAAGAUCCAAAAGAGGUAAAGGCAGCCAGAAAACAUACGGUCCGUCGUUCAUUUGGGUGGAGAUGUGGCCAAUGCAUGAAAUGCCGCCAAAGUUAACGAAGCCUGUGCUUUGUACAGACUCCUCUGAUGCUUCAGUGACGACACAGUCAACAAGACUAAAUUCAUACACGUAA